UUGUUGGAUUUGAGCUCGGUUUCUGCUUUUCCUUGCUUUUACGUGGUUUCUUCACUUUGAUUGUAAUGUAAAUUUUAAGUCUUUGGGCUUGGGUUCAAUUAUUCCCUUCUGGUGUGCUUCUGGAAUUGAUGUUUUGUGUGAUCAAGAUUGAUCUUUCAUUCAUUGUCUUUGGGUUAGUUCUAGUAGUUUUGGGGGGGUGAUCAUGUCUAAUUAUGAUGCAGGAAUCGAACCUAUUGCCCUUUUAACUUACCCAUUUUUCAAACUUGCUCUAAUCAGUUUUGCUUUUGUUGAAAUGGAUGUCCAUUCUAGAAUGCUAAUGGGUUCAAGUGGUUCUUGGGCAGCAGAUUCAUCAAGCAUUUAUACUCUUCUUCUUUCUACAUCUCAUGAAUUUAAUAAUUUUCAAAUAUUUCGUUUCUUGCUUUCAAAUUAAUUUUCUUCCAUGUAAAAGCUAGAUAAAUUAUUCUUUGUUGCUAAUCAGAGUAAUCCUUUAUUUGUAUUUAGUUGAAAUUAUUCUCAUCCAUAGAAAGGAUGCAUUUGAUUAUGUCUUUUCUUCAGAAUGAUGCAUUUACUUUUGUUUUCUUUAUUCAGCUACUUGUGGGUUUAAACAUGAAAGGAGUUGGAAAUACCUCUAAUUAACUCAUACCUUUUUUUUUGUUAAGAGACAAUUAUGCAUUUUAACAUUUGAAGUGCCUCAUGGGAAAUUCCAUUAGCUUUACUGGUGUUUGACCAUGCAAAAACUUACGUUGAUGCAAUUUUAUGAUGGAUGGAUUGGAGCCAAAGAUAAAAACUGUCAACGUCACACUUCACACAAUAAUCUUUUUGGCUACAUCUUGGGUUUUAUUUCUUGCUUGUGGCCAGCAUGGUAGUUUAUAUCUAUGUAGUUAAAUGUAAAUGGCAAAUUUUGCUGUUCUGACUCUAUGUUUAUAUUUUUAUACCAGACAGAUCAAUAUGCGGGGUGCUGGAAAGAAAGCCACGCAUCAAGAAUCUAACAAAUGUUCUUUCUCAAAGACAGAGAAUGGAUCUGUGUUAAUUGCAUCAUUCAAGUUAAAGAAAGGCAGCAAACUAUCUCAUUGCAAAAAACAUAAACCAAAACCAAAAUCAAAAUCAACAUCACAAUCUCAUAUAAAAGCAAUUGGUAAAAAUUUGCUGAAAAGCACAGUUACUGACCCUUCGAGCAGGAGGAUCAGGAAUGAUUCUACGAGUAGAAAGUUGAUCAGUAGAAAAAUCCUAAAAAAAGCACUUGAGCCUAAGAAGUUGGCUUCUUCAAAGCCACGAGGCAAACAUUCUUCUGUUAUUGCUUCUGAGGAGAAUGGGAAAAAGGCUAACAGGGAUGUCACAAUUAAAAACCUUAACAAGAGGAGGAAUAAAAGAAGAAGAAAGGAGAAGGUGGAACUAGAUGAACCAUCACGCUUACAGAGGAGAGCAAGAUACUUGCUGAUUAAAAUGAAGCUGGAACAGAACCUCAUAGAUGCUUACUCUGGGGAAGGCUGGAAAGGUCAAAGUCGAGAGAAGAUCAAACCAGAAAAGGAACUGCAAAGAGCCAAGAAACAGAUCUUGAAGUGUAAGCUUGGAAUACGCGAUGCAAUCCAUCAGCUGGAUUCACUUAGUACAGUGGGAUGUAUUGAAGAUUCGGUUAUUGCACCUGAUGGAUCUGUUUCUCAUGAACAUAUAUUCUGUGCUAAGUGCAAAUCCAAUGAAGUUUUCCCAGAUAAUGAUAUUGUACUCUGUGAUGGGACAUGCAACUGUGCUUUUCACCAGAAAUGCCUAGAUCCUCCAUUGGACACUGAAAGUAUACCACCAGGAGAUCAGGGAUGGUACUGCAAGUUUUGUGAAUGUAGGAUGGAAAUUAUAGAAGCUAUGAAUGCACAUCUUGGGACCCAGUUCUCAGUGAAUGCCGCUUGGCAGGAUAUAUUCAAAGAAGAAGCAAAUUUUUCUGAUGGUGGAAGUAUGUUGUUGAAUCCAGAACAAGAAUGGCCUUCAGAUGAUUCUGCAGAUGAUGAUUAUGAUCCUGAAAGGAGGGAGAACAGUAUCAGUGGAGCAGGCACUGAUAAUGAUGCCUCUGAUGAUGCAAGCAGUGCGACUAGCUUGGGUUGGUCUUCAGAUGGUGAGGUUUUUUCAGGAUCUAGGAAGUGGGAGAUGGAAAGCACAGAUUUUAGAAAUCAAUCCAUUUAUAGCAGUUUAGAUUCUGAUGAAUCCAGUGAUGGGGAAAUUAUGUGCGGCCCUAGACGGCGAAGAGCAGUGGACUACAAGAAGUUAUAUGAUGAGAUGUUUGGAAAGGAUGCUCCAGCACAUGAGCAAGUUAGUGAAGACGAAGACUGGGGUCCUGGAAAAAGAAAACGGAGAGAAAAGGAGUCAGAUGCAGCCAGCACACUUAUGACAUUGUAUGAAAGUGAGAAGAAAAGUAAAAAAUUUGAAACCAUUGAAGUUAAGAGGAAACUUUCUCGAGAUUCACAUGUUAGAAGGCCAUUUUUCAGAAUUCCCCCUUCUGCAGUUGAGAGACUUCGGGAAGUUUUUGCUGAGAAUGAACUUCCAUCUAGAACUGUCAAGGAAAACCUUUCAAAAGAAUUGGGUCUCGACCCUGGGAAGGUCAGCAAAUGGUUCAAGAAUGCACGAUACUUGGCUCUAAAAUCUAGAAAGGCAGGGACAGAACUUUGCAAUUCUAGUACCAAAAUCCUCAGAGAACCCAGAUUAGAUGAUAUGAAGGAACAAACUGCUGAUCUAAUGGAAUUAAAUAAUGCAUUGAUGGAAACUAGUAUAUGUAAGCUGCAGAAUUCAAAUCAGGUGUUCCAGAGAAAGGAUCCAAAGUCUCUAAGCAGCAGUUUGGAGAAAAAUGAAUGGGAAAGGGCGUCCAUUGGAUCACCUUCUAAAAGCAAUAAGAUCAAUGUUGAGUACAGUGAUGAUAUGAGCUUGAAGAAUCUGUUAAAAUCAAAAACAAAGAGAGGGAAAAGGAGGAGCAACUCCAUGUCAGCGACGAUGUCUCAAGUGGCUGAGGCUGAGAUGGAGAGACUUUGUAGAGCCAAGAUUAGGCUAGAGAGUAUGAAGCAGAAAUUACAGGGACUACAAACUGGCAAGUCUAGGAAGUCAAACAAAAACCAGUUACGUCAAGAAUCUGUUAUUUUUGUUCCCAUUGCGGAGAUCAGGGAAAAGGUUUGAUCUUUGGGAAACUUACAUAUAUAUUUUUCGAGGCACUGUUGUUUACUUGUAAAUAUUUUGUUUCUAAUCUAUUGCAAGUCAUUCUCUGCUCUUC